AUGGGGAAUGCUUUAAAGGCUAUAUGGGAAAAUCCAGAGGGAUUUAGCGUGAGUGACAAAGGAGACAAUUACUUCCAAUUCUUUUUUAAUAAAGAGGUGGAUGUCUUGCGUGUUGAAUGUGGUUCUCCAUGGCUAUUCAAGAAUUACGUGCUCCAUGUCAAGAGACGGAAGGAAGAUCAGAAGGGUGAUGAAGAGAUUGUUUCUAAUUUUCCAGUUUGGGUUCAAUUUUGCGGUUUGCCAGAAUCGUUUAAAACCCUCGAAGUUGGACGUAAAUUGGGAGAGAGGCUGGGCACAGUAUUGGAGAUAAGUAAAUUCCAGAUGAAAGGCAGAGAAACUAGGAUUGUAAAGGCCAAGAUCAAUAUUGAAGCUACCAAGAAAGUGAGGGAUCAGUUAAUUGUUGCAGGAACUAAUAAAAAGGAGGUAGAGGUGGCAUUGCGCUAUGAGAGACUUAGAAAGUUCUGUACCUACUGUGCAAAAUUGGGGCACAAGGUGAAAAACUGCCAUGAUCUGCUGAAGAACACAGAGAGUGAUAGGGUAAAAGAGGAUGACAUUGGCGAAUGGGUUAAAGCCAGCCAAGUGGGAAUACGAAUUAACUCUGAAAGAUAA